AUAACACUAUUGAGGUUAUAUUAUUAUUGCAUUUACAUAAAUUUUUCUUUACAUUACUUGUUUGUGAUAUUAUUGCUGGUUGUUUGAACAAUCUUCAAUCGUUCUAAUGCUAACCAAGGAUAUCUUUUUAACUUCAAGCUUCGAUGAACCAUUAACCUGGCUAUUAAAAAAUGCCCUUUAAAGGAAGCCCUAUUUGCCUAAGAUGUGAAACGAACGAAUCUCCUAUGUGGAAAAAUGCUGAAAAUUUGGGUGCUAUUUGUCUGGAUUGCGUAAACGAAACAAAAAACAAUUUAAAACUAGAACUGGAGGAAGACGAAGAAGAGACUAAGACAACCAAGAGGAAAACUAGGAAUACAAGGUCUUACAAGACCAGACUGAACCCUUACGCUGUACCCAAGGCAAUAACCCCUAAAGGAAGAGGCAGGAGAGGCUUGACCAAGAGAACGCCAGUGAAAGCUCCAACUGCUGUUGCUACGACGGUUACGAGUGACUAUGUAUUUUAUAAGGGCAGUUAUAUUCAAGUGGGUGAUAUUGUUUCGAUGAAAGACGUGGAAGGUGACACAUAUUAUGCUCAAAUUAAAGGCUUCUUAACAGACCAGUACUGUGAAAAGAGCGCGGUAGUUACUUGGCUACUACCUACACAAGAAAGUCCUCCGCCAAAUGAAGCAUUUGAUCCAGCUACGUACAUUAUUGGUCCAGAGGAAGAUGUUGCAAGGAAACUAGACUGUAUGGAAUUCAUAAUGCAUGCACCAUCAGAUUAUUACAAGUCUAGAACCACACCAUAUCCAACGUUCCAUGCACCUGCUGAACCAGGAUAUAUAUGGAGCUCUCUGGAUACUAUGCAGAGGAUAUGCAGCUCUGAAACGAAAAUACAACAGGCAACACAAGAAAAUAUAUUACUUGCUACUAUCCUAUAAGAUUUUAUAAGUUUAUAUUAUGAAAGAGAACUCUAAAAAGACAAAACACUCAAGAUGAGUAAUUUAAAGGUUCGUGGUUUUUAUUUUUAGCUUUUGCUUUCUAGUUUUGUUCUCGUUUCUAGUAAGUAAACAUUUUGACAGUGUAUUUUCAGUAUAAAGCAAGAUAAUCGCAAUACUUUAUAUAAGGUACUUUACUUAACCUUUAUUUUUACUUUUUUAAUUUUAUUUAUGUCUGUAUUAGUAUAUUUAGUAAUUGCUUAACAUUUUGUCGAAUCUUAU